GAAACCUGCCGCGCUGUUGCAAAAACAAGACACUUUACCAGAUAAGGGCAACAAGACCGUGGCGGCGCCUUAUGGCCUAGUGCAGGUGGUGUGAGAACCAUGCUGGAGGAAGUUCGUGGAUCAACAGGGGCGGCGUCUUCCCCCUCGCCGCCCUCCCCCGCCCACGCUGUCAGUCCUAGAGCCAUCAAGAGCGGCAUCAGCCAGGCGUGGGCGGCCAAAGGCAACAACAGGCGUGAUAUGGGCGGAGGGGUGGGCUUGGGGGUAGCGGCAGGGACCACCGUCAGCAUGGCAAAUGUCCUUGACUUCCUCCUGACGGCCGCCCAGCUACACCGUGUUGCCGCCGCCACCACGCAGAAGGUACAGGUUCGUUCCGGAGGGCGAUUCCGAGGCUCCGGGGGACAAGACAGACUGGCAGCCUCAACCAACCCAGCCUCCACCACCGCCACCCUGCCCCCCGCCACGCAGACCUGGGCACGCCUGCUCAACAACCCAGCGGCCUCCAUGCAGGAACAGACCCUGGCGCUGCUGCAAGUGGCACUACAGGAUGGCCUUUUAGACUCCAUUCUGCCUUAUAUGGUGUCCUCCCUUAACCUGGCCGGCGCCACCACCCUCACGCCCACACCCACCGCCGCCAAGACCCCCGCUAAAGGCAACUCCCUCACCCCAGCCUCAACAAACUCGUGCAAGUCGCCAAGAGGAGAGGGAAGCUCCAGAUAUUCCCCGACGCACUCCUCCAACACACUCGCCGUGCCUGUCCCGAAGGAGGAGCCCCGCCCACCCCCGCCUCCUGCAGCCACUCAGUCAGUAUACAGAAGCACUCCAGACAGAAGCCCCGCCAUAGUGAUCCACGUGUGUGAUGAAGCUCGUGGAUUGCGUCAGGAUUUCAGCUGUCCGCGUGACCUUCUGAUCCACCACAUAGGAUACUUCGCUGAUGUCACGGCUGGUCAGCGGCUGGAGGACGUGGAUAUCUCGGUGCACUGUGACGUGACCAUCUUCGAGUGGCUGCUGCGGUGGGUCAAGCAGGGCCAGACUGAGGACCACGUUGCCCCUGUCCUAGAACCCAAGACUGCCGUGUCCAUCCUCAUCUCGGCGGAAUUCCUGAAGAUGACGCCGCUGGUGGAGGAGGUUCUUCAGUACGUCCAUGACAACAUCAACCUUAUAUUGGAGGCUCAAGUCAACCUCACCUGUCUCUCUGAUGCUGUUUUGUCCAGGCUGGCUCGUCUCUUCACUCACUGGGAGCUGGAGGGGGUGAGGGAUCGCAGGGACAGGAUUCUCAACAAGCUGUAUGCGAGGUUCCUGCAGGCGCUGUGUGACGUGACCUCCUCGCCCUCCAGGGGAUAUUCAAGACAGCCGGGACGCUCUACAGGUGUUGUGACUGUGGGCAGCUUGUGACGCGAGAGGUGGAGCGUCUAGUCACCUGUGUGGCAUCUAACACCAUCGUCACCGCCACUGGCCAAGUGUACUACUCACACACCAGGGAUGGAAACUGGAGCCUGACUGACCACGUGAAGCAACUCAAACUGGACAUGAAGAUGUGGAGGCUCGUUUACUGGAGGCUCUGGG